GAACACUCUUACUCGUUAAUACUCAUGAAUAUUCUAAGGCACAAAUUAAAGAGAUGGCAAAAGUCUUGUCUUUUUAGUAAUUUGUAAUAAUAUUGUAAUAGUUAGCUGUUUGGGUGAAAUUUUUAAUAAGUUAGAGUUAAAUACCUAUAUCCCAAAAUAAAUAUGAUGCAAUUCAUGCUAUUAUUUAGUCGGCAAGGAAAGUUGAGGUUGCAAAAAUGGUAUGUUGCUCAUCCAGAUAAGUUGAAGAAGAAAAUAACAAGAGAAUUGAUAACAACUGUAUUAGCUCGGAAGCCUAAAAUGUGUUCAUUUUUGGAAUGGAAGGAUGUGAAGGUUGUCUAUAAGAGAUAUGCAUCACUGUAUUUCUGCUGCGCAAUGGAACAGGAAGACAAUGAGCUCUUAACAUUAGAGCUUAUCCACAGAUAUGUUGAGCUUCUUGACAAAUAUUUUGGGAGUGUUUGUGAAUUGGAUAUAAUAUUCAACUUUGAGAAAGCAUACUUUAUCCUUGAUGAGCUGGUGUUGGGUGGUGAGUUGCAAGAGACAAGCAAGAAGAAUGUUCUGAAGGCGAUAGCUGCCCAGGAUCUACUGCAAGAGGACGAAACUGUGGACGCUGCGCUUCGAGAAUACGGCCUUCUAUGAAGUCUGCGUGACGAGUGCACUUGGACGCAUUAUAGAAAUGGACAGAGAAGUGUUAAGUAUGGUUGUAACACAGACACUGACAUUGACGUUGACAUCGUUCUAUAUAUUGUUAUUUUCAAAAUGGCACUAGUUGAAUCUUAUUUUUAAGUUUCGUUUUCGAUAGUACCAGAAUGCUUAAACAUAUUGUAGCUUUCUUUCCCACUCUAGUGCCAAAGCAUUUAAACAUAACCAAGAGACUCGCAAAAGGCUAAACAUUUAAUUUUUUCUUACUUUUUUUGUAUAUUCUGCAAGAAUACGAGCGUGGGGUGUACUUGGUGGUACCUACGUGGUCAUCCGAGCUCAAAAUGUUACUAAUGAUGCAUGCGAUGCCAAAACAACUACAGGUGAAACACGCUUUGAAUGACACCUCCCUGCUCAUAACCUCCAUGCUUGAAGUAAAGAAUAAAAAAAAAUUCGGACAUGCCUUAUUAUAUUUGCAACACAAUUUUUUAACGUUUGCUUAAUGAAUGCUACAAGAACAGAAAUAACGAAUAUUAACUAAGAUUGUAUCUAAGUCCCUUAAUCGAAUUUGCUAAAGCUGUCAGUGAAUGUAGAUAGUAAUCCCAUUAUGUAUCUACUUGUACGAUAAAAAGAAACAUUCCUAAACUAAAACAUUAAAUCUAGUUUAAAGCACUAGCCAAUUAUGUAAAUGGCAUAAGGAGCUAAUUUUAAAAUUAUAGUGGUAUAUUAUUCUGUAGUAGGUAAUAUAUCAUUAUGGCCCGUAUCUGAGAAUGUUUUACGCAAUGUAGGGUGACAUUCUAUUCACCAUUUGCAGUGAGACACGCUUUGAAUCUGUAACACUUUCUGAGAUACGGGCCUAUUUUGGUCGUCAGCGAGUGAUCGUUUGUACUGCUCACUCUGUGGGUACGAUGAACGUAGACGUCUAUUAAUCUUAGAUCUAAAAUCUUGUGUCUCGGUGUUUGUUACCAAACUCCUCCCUCCCUAAAUGAUAAGGGUGACCCACCCCUAAAUAUAUUUUAUUUAUUUUUUUGACAAUUUAUUUUAUUUUAUUAUGAUUCAGCAUUGAAAAAUAGAUUUUCAAUUUUGAUACAACUUCAAAUUUUCGCCCUUCUACGAUCUACAACUAUUUUUAACCGACUUCAAAAAGGAGGAGGUUAUCAAUUCGAUCGUUAUUUUUUUUUAUAUAUGUACACCGAUUACUCUGAGAUUUAUGAUCUGAUUUACGUAAUUUUUGCAGAAUAGAUGCCAUUUGGUCCCAUAAAAAUUUUACAUAGUUUGGCCCAGUAGUUUUCAUUUUAUGAAAAUAUUUGUUUACCUCGAUGAUAUAAUUGUUUUUGUGUACGGCUUUUUAAUGAGUUUUCAUUCAGGUUGAUUAUAUAUUAUUAUUAUUAACUGACACUAUAAAGUAAAAAAAACUACGUUUAAAAAACCGCCUUCAAAAACUGAAAAUUUUCAAAUAACUAAAAAUUUAAUUUAAUACACUUUAACCUUUAAUAUUAAUAAAAUACUAUUAUUUGUAUGUGCUACACAUUGAUAGGUUUGAAGUCGGUGCCAAGCCAAAUGUAAUAGUAAGUACUUACACUCGCCACGCGUGAUUUUGAGCGGGAUAGCUUCGUCUAGAACAAAACAACCCAAGCGGACAGACACGCGAUGCUAGACAACCUUAAUAAUUACAGUUAGUAAGCUGUUUAUAAUAUUACGUUUUAUUUUGUUUAGGGCUUGGCACCUAAUUAAAACCUAUCAAUAGGUAGCACAUAUAAAUAAUAGCAUUUUAUUAAUAUUAAAGGUAAAGGUGUAUUAAAUUAAAUUUUUAGUUAUUUGAUACUUUUCAGUUUUUGUAGCCGGUUUUUUUAAACGUAGUUUUUUUUGUAUCCCGAUUUUUAUAUUAUUCUGUUCCAUCCGCUAUAGGGUUGCAAGAUGGCAAUCGAAUACAAUUUUUAGUACGAUAUAAAUAGGACAGGAGAAUCGGUUGCAUCUAUUUUUUAUACCCCAAAUUUUAUUUUAAAUUACCCACUUUAUACGGCAAUACUACGUUUGCUGGGUCAGCUAGUAAUAAUAUAUAAAAAUCCCAACUUAGUAAGUUAAAAAAUUUGUUAAUUGUUAUGAUUUUGUAUUUAGUCAUAUAUUUUAUUUAUAUAGAAUUUGUUGAUAACUCUUUAAAUGAAUUUACCAUUAUUUUAUUGUUAUUUACAAAAGUUAACUUAUUUUUUUAUUAUUAAAUUAAUUUUAUGUUCAGAUUUAUUUUAUUUAAGUAAGUAUCUAAUCUUGAAUCUCUUGAAGUACAAAUCUAAACAUUAGGCAUAAAAAUUUGAAGAUCAUUUAGAACUAUAUUAAUGAUUCUAAAUUCUGAUCCACUUAUUCAUUACCAAGUUUGUGUUAGGAUAUAUUUUGUGUAAGUACGUAUAAAAAGUUUCUAGUACACGACGUGUGUUACAAAGACAAUUUUGAAUAUGGUUUAUAAUAUAACAGAUUAAAGAAAUGUGUUUACCCAACAAGUAGGUACCUACAUUAGUGCCAGCGGGUGCUAAUAGGGCUGUAUGCUAAGCUUAUUAAUUAUAUGUCUAGAUAGUCUCUUGCUGUUAGGCAACCGAUAAAAACAGGCCAGGAAUAUAAGAGUGCGUGAUAAGCUACGUCACAAAUCCGCGAUUUGUAUGACACUUUGUUAGUGUGCGUGAAUUACUCAAAAUAAAAGCUUUAUUAAGUGCUAAA